AUGGAGGACGUGGCGAAUUUAUCAGGAGGUCAUCCUUCAACCUUAUUGUCGGCUCCCUCCAGCGUCUCUUCUUCCUCUGCUCAGGUUUCCACCGACCCUCAGUCACCUACAAAUCACCGAAGACGCUAUACCGGCUCUUCUAUUCCUCUUCGACCCGACGGUCCUCUUCCACCGGUACUCUCUAAUGGAUUUACUCCGGUAGCAGCACCAUCUAUUAUCGGACCAGGAGGAUUUGAGUCGGUGGAUCGAUUUCGGUCGAAUUUUGGGUAUCCUUCGCAGUACAGUGGGGCUGCUGGUUCGCAAAACCAACGUCAGGGACGACCUGCAGGUCUCAGACAUUCGAGUCCGCACAACCACCAAAGACGUCAAUCACGAUCAUCCGAUAGGGAUGUUUUCCAGCCCGAGCUUGGAGGAUUUCUGAAUUCAAGCUGGAGCAGCAACAAUUCUGUACGAUUGGCAAAUUCCUCUCUAGGUCCUCGUCAUAGUAUAGCGAACCUACAGGCGAACAAUAAAUCUGAGGUUAUGUUGCCAGCUCAACCACCUUCCUCCAGACCACAAUACCGGAACCAACGAUCGAGUUACACAAUGUCGAACUCCAUGCCGUCUACUCCACGCCAUCCUCGAACACGACACGACGCUGGGAAGUCCCGUUCUCCAUCCCCUACCCCCUUUACCCUCGACUCUCCUCGUUCGGCAGCGUCCGACCCCAGCACCCACCCUACAAUACGUUCUAGAUGCCAGUAUGAAAGCGGAUUGGUUCUACAACGUAGAAGGAUACAAUACUCGAUAGGGAGCGAUCCUUUGCCGGAACAGAAGCCGCCGAAAGAUUCCUUGUCGACUGAAGAUGAGAAAAAGCUUACGGCUGACCUGGAAAAUCUAUACUCCGAACUUCUUCCCUCAGAAGAGAGCAACGAAAGAAGACGGAAAUUCCUUGAAAAGCUUGAGAAACUGUUGAACGACGAAUGGCCCGGUCAUGAGAUAAAAGUUCGGCCUUUUGGCUCCACGGAGAAUAGACUCUGCUCGACGGAUUCGGAUGUUGAUGUCUGCAUCGUAACGGAUUUCAAGGACCUUGAAAAUGUCUGCUUGUUGGCAAAAGUUCUAGGAAAACAUCGCAUGGAGCGUAUCGUCUGUGUUCAGAAUGCGAAGGUGCCCAUCGUCAGAAUAUGGGAUCCAGAGUAUAAGGUACAAUGCGACAUGAACGUCAACAACACGCUUGCUCUGGAGAACACAAGGAUGGUCAAGACCUACGUUGAUAUUGAUCCGCGAGUCCAGCGCCUAGCAAUGAUCAUUAAGUACUGGGCAAAGCAGAGAAUAUUGAACGACGCUGCUGGCGGAGGAACGCUUUCAUCCUAUACCUGGAUUUGCAUGAUUGUUAGUUUUCUUCAAACACGAGAACCGCCAAUACUACCGUCGCUACACCAACGUGAGCAUAAAAAACGGCCACCGCAGAACGGGGUGGACGUAUCGUUCGAUGAUGAUAUCGAAGCCCUCCGCGAUUUCGGUAAGGCAAAUACCGAGAGUUUAGGAUCUCUUUUAUUCAACUUUUUUAAGAGAUAUGGAUAUGAAAUCGAUUUUGAAAAGAGUGUUAUUUCGAUUCGUAUGGGGAGGCUCAUCUCAAAGACCGAGAAGAAGUGGGAUGCCUUGCUUGGGAACCGGUUAUGUGUGGAGGAGCCUUUCAGUAUUGCAAGAAAUCUAAGCAAUGGAGCCGACGACAAUGCAGUUCGAGGGAUCCAUGAAGAGUUUAGAAGGGCAUUCAAGCUGUUGGCUGAAGCACCUCCAAACCUCACAGCUUGGAGUGAGGAAUAUAUCUUCCCUAAGGAAGAGUUACCUAGUGCUUCGGAUUUCGUCAAACCAGCGUCCCGGCCUAUUCAGAUGACCAGGAGUAAUUCCGCUAACAAAGGGAGAUCGAAUGACAACGGAAGAGCGAGAAACAGGCAUUUUGGCGGCUAUCCCAAUCCUCGGAAUGGUACAUUCAAUAGUCGUAGAGCGUCUAGCGGAUCUACAUUUUCCAAUACCAACCUACCAAUAACGGCGCAUUUGCUAAAUGGGCCAGGAGGGUAUCAGUUUGUGCCGAAUCCAGAUGGAACGUUCUCCUACCCUACUGUGGAGACACUUUCCAAGCCCAUAAUAGACGUUCAACACGCUUAUAGACAGAACGUAAUUGCACGUCAGAAUCUUCUUAAUACGCUGGCUCAAACUACGGCAGCUACCCAAGCGAUGAACGCACACGCAUUGAAUGUUCAGGCGAAUAGCCAAUUGGAUGCGAUUACAAAACAGCAGCAACACCAGGCGCAGACUAACCUUCUGGCGGCCCAGGCUCAGUAUCAAGCCUUUGGCUAUCCCACAUACUUGUUGUACCCACCGACGCUUCUCUACCUCCCCAAUGCAAUAAAUGACUACAGCGCGAAUAUUGCAGCGGCAGCGACAGCUCAGCAAACCAGUCUCGAUCAACGACUGAACCGAACGAAAAACCUCCAACCUGGCGGGCCGAGAUCACGCUCGCAACCUGCACCGCACAUAGAUCCAGGCACAAGACAAGUACCCAGCGUUUUUCACCCUGAAUCUAUUGCAGAUAGUCAAGAUUUGGGAGGUAGUGAGAGCAUAGCUACGGCUUCUAGUACAUCUGAGCAGCCACAUACACCUGAGUCGCAUACAGGAGAAGACAGCUUUGGGGACUACUAUGGUUACUAUUACCCUGGCCAGGACGUCACGGCUGGCGCUACGCCUGAUCUAUUUGUCAAUCAAAAGGACGUAGUAGAACACCAGGAACGGCUCUCAAAGGAUAAGAUGGCUCCAUCCAAAUUUAGCGACCAUCGACGGCCGUCCCAGCCGCCCUCCCCGAUCACAACUGCCAAUCAUUCAAGAUUUGCCCAGAAUCAAGACGCCAUUUGGUCAUCUUCGGAAGGCGAUGGUGAAAGGUCCAUAUCACAAGAUUCGUUCGAUGAAGAACCGAGACAACGUGGCCCGGUCAUUGUGAACGGUUCUGCUAGCAGUGUCCCAGUGACCCCGCCAUUUGACAACGAUGAUUCCCCGCAAGUUAGUGUACAUGGAGACUCUCCGCCCGGAGAAAGCAUGUACUCUAACCCGACUGGGUUCUCGGAUGCCUACAUUAAUCCGUAUACUGGGCAUCAAAUACCAUUCCCGUCAUUCUUGCAUUUUCCUUCCCCAUAUCCUACGAUGCCUAUAGCGAACUUCGACCCUCAUAACGGCCAAAAGCUAAGACACCGUCAAGCAACGCAGCAGCAACAACAGCAACAGCAGCAAUAUGGACGGCAACGUGAAGUUGAACAGGCUACAUCCACGUUAAGAAACGCUGACCAGAGGCAGCCGCACCUUGACCUUGCUACCCCGAACCAUACCCAACCGGUCCGAGAGACGAAACAGACAUCUCCAACAAAGGAUAAGCGAGGCACUACAAGUAGCUCCAAUGAUGUUCAAGCCAACCCAAAACAGACUGGGAACGCACUCGCUUCAAAUUGGAAGAAUUCCUCGCCGAAAAACGGUUCUGGCAAAAAAGCGAAGCAACCUGGUAGCGAAGCCGAUAACUCGUCGGAGGACGGGAAUACAACUGCCAAACAAACAGCGCCGACGAACCAUUCGAGUAGGUCAGGAACAGUGCGGGCAAAAUCAAUGGUGGAUGCCAUCCAGGCUAUCACUAAGUCUGCUAGCACGGCCGGCCAAAAUUCCACUCCCCACAACUCUAAGUCAAGCUCGACAUCUUCUACCUCUACUAAGCCAGACGACAGCCCCAUACCAGCGAACCAGAGCCAAAACAAUACUCAUUCUAAGCAGAAGGAGUGGAAUAAGAACUCUCAUAAGCGAAAGGGUGGUAAUAAGAAGAAGCGAGCUACAGCAAACACAGAUACAGCGAUCGCUACUGGAGACGACCGCAAAGGUGGAUAG